UGGACCAUUUUCCAGCCGAAAACAAAAACAUUGGUGGGUGGCGUUUGAGUUAUUCAAUCUGGACCGCCGUUAGCCCAGAGAUACUGGAGUUGUUCCACAAACUCUACCGCCUAGCUCGACAGUCGUCCCCGGUUGUUGGAACCAUGCUGAACGCCGCCGCCGCGGAGAGGAACAAGGAACCCAUCCUCGCGGUGCUCCGGGAGAGCGUGAACACCGGGAGAUCCCUGCAGGCUCUGGAGAUCUCCUCCGGUACCGGGCAGCACGUCACGCACUUCGCUCAGGCCCUGCGCAACAUUGUGUGGCAGCCCUCAGAGUUUGACCGACAGUCUCUUGCCAGCAUCGAGGCGUACAGAGCCCACUACCAGCAGCACAACGUGAGGCCCGCCAUCCACCUGGACGCCUCCCUGCCCUAUGAGUACUGGGGGGGCAUUCAGCCCGAGAGCCUCGAUCUGCUCGUCAACAUCAAUAUGAUCCACAUUUCUCCAAUGGCGUGCACUGAGGGUUUAUUCAAAGGGGCGGGGACCGUGCUGAAGGCACAAGGCCUUCUAUUGACAUAUGGGCCCUAUGCGAUGAACGGUCAGAUCACCCCUCAAAGUAAUGUCGACUUUGACUACAGCCUGCGGCAGAGGAACUCCAAGUGGGGACUCAGGGAUAUCGCCCUCCUCAGUUCCACAGCACAAAGUUAUGGAUUAUUCCUGGAGAAAAUGGUGGACAUGCCUGCGAACAACAAGUGUCUCCUGUUCAGGAAGGAGAGUUUGGUGUGAAGCAUCCCGUGGUUCCUUCAGGACGGUCACGGCGCCUUAACUUACACUUGAAGCUCAGAUACAUUGCCACAUUUUACAGACGUUUUUAUGAAUUGUUUUUUCCCCCGUAUUCUGAAACACAUUGACAGAGAUGAAGUUGUUGUUGAUCCAAACUGAAAUACCGUAACCCAUCAUGUAUUCUUCUGUAUUGCACACGAGUAAAAAAAGACUCACUGAUA